CCCCCCCCUCUGGCCGGGCGGUGGUUCGCUCCGGCACCGCGCUCUCCGGAAGUGUUGGGGCAGCUCGCAGCACGGCUGGUUCCUGCCAGUUCCGAUUGGACCCGAGUCUCUAGCGCAGCCGCCAGGAAUUGGUUACACUCGUCAGUGCAGCGCAGCUGUAGGGGAACGUGGUCUGACAAGAGUGAGAGAGCAGUGAUGGAAGGGAACUAAUGGAAUAAAAGAGAGCAGAAAAUAGGAGAGGUAAGACAAGGAAAGGAAAAACAAGUGUCCCCUUCAAAGUGGUGGGUCUAGUCACUGAACUGAAGCACUGAUUCCAGAAGAAGCUAAUUCAAGCAUUAGGAAGUUGUACCCCAAGAAUCCAAUAAUCAACAUGUCUAGCAAAAGGGCAAAGACAAAGACCGCCAAGAAGCGCCCUCAGCGCGCAACCUCCAAUGUGUUUGCAAUGUUUGAUCAGUCACAGAUUCAAGAAUUCAAAGAGGCCUUCAACAUGAUUGAUCAGAACAGAGAUGGCUUCAUUGACAAAGAAGACCUGCAUGAUAUGCUCGCUUCCCUUGGAAAGGAUCCCACUGAUGCGUACCUAGAUGCCAUGAUGAAUGAGGCUCCAGGCCCCAUUAACUUCACUAUGUUCCUUACAAUGUUUGGUGAAAAGUUAAAUGGCACAGAUCCAGAAGAUGUAAUCAGAAAUGCUUUUGCUUGUUUUGAUGAAGAGGCAACAGGGGUCAUUCAAGAAGAUUACCUGAGAGAGUUGCUGACAACAAUGGGAGACAGGUUUACAGAUGAAGAAGUAGAUGAGCUGUACAGAGAGGCACCAAUUGACAAAAAGGGAAAUUUCAAUUACAUUGAAUUCACACGCAUCCUUAAACACGGAGCAAAAGACAAAGAUGAUUGAACAAAACUGCAGACACCUGCAGAUAACUUCUUGUUUUUCACUCAUGUUAAUUUCUCAGGGUUGUUUUGUUUUGUUUGCUGGUAGAACCUGUUGCAUGCAGUUUAGCUUCACAGCUUUUGCCUUUCCAUGAAUUUAUGGAUUUCAGACCAUUAUGGCACACUUGCACCUCUGUAAUCAGACUGGAAAUGGGGGAUUUUAUUGUAGUGAAAAGGAUUUGGUGAUAAAGAUCAAUGAAUGUGAAGGCCAAGGGAAAAAGACCUAUUUCUGGAUUUUUACAUUUUUAUAAUAAAUAUCAUUUUGAAAUAAAGAUUGUUAUAUAAAUAAAAUACCUCAUUAAAC